ACUGUAAAGCUAAAUAAUUGUAACACUCUUGCUAAUAUCUGAUCAUUUUGGUUAAUAUUUUAACGUUUUUGGCAGAAAUGGGAUUAUCACAGAGUUCAGAAGUAUCAGAGGGAGGGACAUAUGGAUACCACGUGCACGGUGUGCAGCCAAACUCCCCGGCAGAAAAGGCCGGACUGCAGCCCUUCUUUGACUUCAUUCUGUCUCUGGACAACAGAAGACUGAAUGAAGAAAAUGAGCAGCUGAAGGAGAUCCUGAAAGCCAACAUGGAGAGGAUGGUGAAGAUGGAGGUGUACAGCACUAAAACACUGAGGGUUCGUGAGCUGGAGGUGAUGCCAAGUAACAUGUGGGGGGGGCAGGGUCUGCUGGGUGCCAGUGUACGCUUCUGUAGCUACCAAGGAGCCAACGAGAAUGUCUGGCAUGUUCUGGAUGUGGAAGUCAGUUCUCCUGCUGCACUGGCAGGUCUUCAGCCGCACAGUGACUACAUUGUUGGAGCAGAUCAAGUGAUGCAAGAUUCAGAAGACUUCUUCUCGCUGAUCGAGGCCCACGAAGGGAAACCGCUGAAGCUGCUGGUGUACAACACACAGACAGACGCCUGCAGAGAGGUGGUGGUCACACCGAACGGAGCGUGGGGCGGAGAGGGCAGUUUGGGUUGUGGGAUUGGUUAUGGCUACCUUCAUCGAAUACCAGCACAUCCUGAAGUCCCCAAGGCAGCACCUUCACUCCCUGUCCCUGAAGUGGAACCUUCUCCACAGCCACCGUCUCAUGGAUAUAUGGAGGCUCCUUUGCUUGCACCUUCAAACCAAAGUGAUGAAGUGUUAGAUGUGGAGCAGGUCAUCCUGCAGGAAACUCCUCUACCUCCACCUGUGCAGAGAGUCAUGGACCCUGGUUUCUCAGACUCUGAGGGGGCGGUGUUGAACCCUGACCCAUCAGACCUGAUGGACAGACUGGAUCUGUCCAUGUCAUCCAUCGACAUGACCAACACUGCGCUGGCCAUGCACGAGGAGAGGGAAGGGGAAAUCUCUGGUGUUGAGGAACUGGAGGAAAGUGCACUGAUCUCAUCAUCAACAGACGAGACACAAGAGCUGAGCUCUGAGGCGGUCAUGAAUCUCUCUUCUGCUCUCGCUACCAACGACUCCUUGUCAGAUUCAGGCGUCCCACCAGCUGAAACAUCUCAGUUCAUUCCAGAGUCCAGAGAACCACCUGUCUCUCUGUGUGAGACCAGCGGUACCCCACCCGUUGAUGAGUCGUCUCUCCCCGUAGAGUCUCCUGUUGAGCCUUCAGUCCCCGCUGAAGACCCUCCCUGCCCCUCUCCCGUCGACCUCCUCCAGUCCUCUGCUGUGACUGAGCCGACGGCUGAUGAUUCCCUCGCUCAGGCCAUCGCGGAAGCAGCAGGACCAGAGGAGGAGGAGUCCACAGAGCUCGACGCUGCUCAGCACUGCAGCCAUGAGAGUGACGAGGAGGAGCCAGAGGAGCAGCAUCUUGAGUAAGCUCGUAUCAGGUCAUAAGCACAGUGGAGAGUGGAGCUGACAAUCAGAAACACUACACAGGAAACUAAGGACAGAGUAAGGGAAAAGGUGUCUGGUAGUGUUGGAGCUAGAGGUCUGUUUACACCUGGUGUUAACAUUGAUCCAAAGUGAUUCAAUCAGCUUAAAUACAAGAGAGAUGACAUGAGACCCUGAUACAUUUAGGACACAUUCAGAGGUCGUCAGGAUCCUGUUCUAUUCCUUGAAAUCAGGCUUACAGUGAUGUUGGCCACUGUUUAGGCUGAUCUAAAAUUCUCUGCUGUGUCCUUUGAUAAUCUUUGCUUCAUUAUUUUUUCAGAAUGUGAAAUUGUAGAGCAUGACUUGGGAUGCAUGUAAAUAUGGGGCAGGAAGCAUUUAACACCAGGUGUAAACGGACUCUGAGCAACUCCUUGUUAGGUCAGACACAGAAACCAGCAAACGCAUUAACACACAAGUAGGUAACACACUGGUUGUUUUAUAUGAUAGAAUUCUGUCGUUACUGCCAAUAAGGUCAUAAUGUGAGCUGUUUCCUGGUGCAAAACUGGAGUGUAGACGGGUGACAAACUUUGCCUCUGGUACACUAAUGUGGUACGUACUUGAAUAUGAAAGCUUUAGGCAGACAUGCAUCUAUUUUAUUUACUCUUUUCCUGAGAUAAAAAAUAGUUUUUCAGGUUUUUUAAAUUAUUUUUCUCAUAUCUAUGGAGCACAAAAACCACAUAGUCUAUUUCAGUGACCUUGCUAUUGUUUUUUUGUCUCUAGAUUUUCAACAAAAGGAAAAAAAUUGAGUAAAUAAAAUGUAAAGAUGCAUGUCCGACGAGGGUUUUUAUACUUAACACUUCCAAAGAUGAAAAACAUUACUGAGGCAAAGCACAGCAGCACCUUAAAAUAAAAAACACUAUUUGGCAUUUUAAAGCUAACAAAGUUUUAACAGUUUAGUUUGACUUGUGUUGCCGUCAUGUGUCUACUGCCAACAUGUUUCUAAAAGGAAAUUAUCUUGUUUUUAAAAAUGGGCAAAUUUUGUGUCACUUUUUGUCCAGAGGGGUGUACAGUGAAGCAAGAUGUGUGGGUAAGCCUGCUCUGUGGGCCUAAAGUCAGAGUUUUUUGUGACAAGAGGCUGGCUUUUUUGUUUUGUUUUGUUUUGUUUUUUUAACUUGAAUAGAUUAGUGAGGUAACUUGUAUGUGGAGAGUUAGGGCUUCAAAUUAGCUGUAAAGAAGGUUUCUUUUAUAAUGAUAACCUUUGAAUGAUCUCUGCAGGCAUUAUAGAUCUUUAGCUUCAUGAAUAUGCUUAUUUAAACCUUCUGGGAUUAUGACUUUACAUUUUUUAACACCACAGAAGGAAGCUGGAUUAACAAACAGGACCAGAGUCUUUCUACAUCUGUGAACCCUUCUCCCCUCAAUUUUUACAUUUGUUCCUCGGAAAUUCAAACAUUUAAUUUAAGCAGGUCCUCACCACAGUAAGCUAUUAUGUGUAUCUCUGUCCAAAAACAUAUUUUGUCUUAAUCCCUAUUCACACAGGGUUAGUAUUACCUAGGGACC